UACAAAAAAGCUAGAACUAUUGGAAAAAAACCUAAUUGGCUGGGGGACGAUACUUGGAAUGCUCUUUUGGAAAAGUGGAACAUGCCACUUUAUAGACAAAAGUGUGAAACAGCAAAGAAGAAUCGGACAUCUGAAAAGGGUGGUUGUUUGCACACUGGAGGGUCUAUAAGCGUGCAUGAGCAUGCUAUUCGUUUGUCACAGGAGCUUGGUCGGUCUGUGCAUGUUGAUGAAAUAUUUCAGCAGACACAUAUUCGUCAAUCAACAGGGGAAUUUGUGGACGAAAGGUCUAGGCGGACCCAUGAACAAUUUGUUGCAAAAUUUUCUCAAAUAAGAUCUGAGACUGCAUCUGUUGGUGUCUCAGCAUCUUCUCCUCUAGACCCUGCGGAGGAGGAAAGAUUGAGAAACCGAUGUUGGUUAGAGGCUAUUGGUGGAAGAUACAAGGGACGCGUAUAUGGCAUUGGAAAUGUCAGUUCCCAAGAUGACUGUGUCGAUAGUUACAUCCAACAGACACAGGCAUCUUCUUCUGCUCAACAACAAAAUUUAGAAGAAAUUGUUAAUCUCAAAUCGCAGUUACAACAAUAUGGUCAGCAGCUUCAAAAGUUUGAAGGCUUUAUUGGCGUCAUCCUGCUAUUCCUUCCGCCUUCAGCAGCCACAGCUGCACAAGACUUUUUAAACCUUCAAAAUCCUCAACUUCAAAAUGAAGUACCCAAUGAUGUCCAACCAGAACAGCAACCUCCAGAACAGCAACCACCACACCAGCAACCAACAGAUGAACAAGCAGAAGAUGGAAAUGAUUAUAUGCAUUAUUAGGCAUUUUAUAGAACUUAUUUCCAUUAUUGUUGAACUUAUUUAGAAGCACAAUCACAAUCCGUUUAUGAACUUACCUGAUGUUUAUUCUUGCACUUAUAUUGAUGUCAACAAUAUUUAUGUAUUCAUAUACAAUGUUUCCUUUAUGGAUUAAGUGUAUUUGAAAAGCUUUAUGGAUUUAUAUGUCAAUGUGCAAUGUAUAAUAUCCAGGAUUGCUUA